UCAACUACACCAGAUAUAACAACAACAACAACUGAUAGCACCACUUCAACAACACCUGAAUCAACGACAACUGAAGGCACAACAUCAACAACACCUGAAUCAACAACCACGACUGAAAGCAUCACUUCAACAACAUCUGAAUCAACGACAACUGAAGGCAUCACAUCAACUACACCAGAAUCAACGACAAAAACUGAAGGCACAACAUCAACAACACCUGAAUCAACAACCACAACUGAAAGCAUCACUUCAACAACAUAUGAAUCAACGACAACUGAAGGAAUCACUUCAACCACACCUGAAUCAACGACAACAACUGAAGCAAUCACUUCAACAAGAUCUGAAUCAACGACAACAACUGAAGGAAUCACUUCAACAACAUCUGAAUCAACAACCACAACUGAAAGUAUCACUUCAACAACAUCUGAAUCAACGACAACUGAAGGCAUCACUUCAACCACUCCAGAUAUAACAACAACAACUGAUAGCACCACUGCAACAACACCUGAAUCAACGACAACUGAAGGCACAACAUCAACAACACCUGAAUCAACAACCACGACUGAAAGCAUCACUUCAACAACAUCUGAAUCAACGACAACUGAAGGCAUCACUUCAACUACACCAGAAUCAACGACAACAACUGAAGGCACAACAUCAACAACACCUGAAUCAACAACCACAACUGAAAGCAUCACUUCAACGACACCUGAAUCAACGACAACAACUGAAGGCACAACAUCAACAACGCCUGAAUCAACAACCACAACUGAUAGCACCACUUCAACAACACCUGAAUCAACGACAACAACUGAAGGCACAACAUCAACAACGCCUGAAUCAACAACCACAACUGAAAGCAUCACUUCAACUACACCAUUAUCAACGACAACAACUGAAAGCAUCAAUACAACAACACCUGAAUCAACAACCACAACUGGAAGUAUCACUUCAACAACACCUGAAUCAACGACAACUGAAGGCACAACAUCAACAACACCUGAAUCAACAACCACGACUGAAAGCAUCACUUCAACAACAUCUGAAUCAACGACAACUGAAGGCAUCACAUCAACUACACCAGAAUCAACGACAACAACUGAAGCAAUCACUUCAACAAGAUCUGAAUCAACGACAACAUUUGAAGGAAUCACUUCAACAACAUCUGAAUCAACAACCACAACUGAAAGCAUCACUUCAACAAUACCUGAAUCAACGACAACAUAAGGCAUCACUUCAACUACACCAGAUAUAACAACAACAACAACUGAUAGCACCACUUCAACAACACCUGAAUCAACGACAACUGAAGGCACAACAUCAACAACACCUGAAUCAACAACCACGACUGAAAGCAUCACUUCAACAACAUCUGAAUCAACGACAACUGAAGGCAUCACUUCAACCACACCAGAUAUAACAACAACAACUGAUAGCACCACUUCAACAACACCUGAAUCAACAACCACAACUGAAAGCAUCACUUCAACUACACCAGAAUCAACGACAACAACUGAACGCAUCACUUCAACAACACCAGAAUCAACGACAACAACUGAAGGUAUCACUUUAACCACAACAGAAUCAACAACCACAACUGAAAGCAUCACUUCAACUACACCUGAAUCAACAACCACAACUGAAAGCAUCACUUCAACUACACCAGAAUCAACGACAACAACUGAAGGCACAACAUUAACAACACCUGAAUCAACAACCACAACUGCAAGUAUCACUUCAACAACAUCUGAAUCAACGACAACUGAAGGCAUCACUUCAACCACACCAGAUAUAACAACAACAACUGAUAGCACAACUUCAACAACACCUGAAUCAACGACAACAACUGAAGGCACAACAUCAACAACACCUGAAUCAACAACCACAACUGAAAGCAUCACUUCAACUACACCAGAAUCAACGACAACAACUGAAGGCAUCACUUCAACAACACCAGAAUCAACAACCACAACUGAAAGUAUCACUUCAACAACAUCUGAAUCAACGACAACUGAAGGAAUCACCUCAACCACAGCAGAUAUAACAACAACAACUGAUAGCAUCACUUCAACAACACCUGAAUCAACGACAACAAUUGAAGGCACAACAUCAACAACACCUGAAUCAACAACCACAACUGAAAGCAUCACUUCAACUACACCAGAAUCAUCGACAACAACUGAAAGCAUCACUACAACAACACCUGAAUCAACAACCACAACUAAAAGCAUCACUUCAACAACAUAUGAAUCAACGACAACUGAAGGAAUCACUUCAACCACACCUGAAUCAACGACAACAACUGAAGAAAUCACUUCAACAAGAUCUGAAUCAACGACAACAACUGAAGGAAUCACUUCAACAACAUCUGAAUCAACAACCACAACUGAAAGCAUCACUUCAACAAUAUCUGAAUCAACGACAACAUAAGGCAUCACUUCAACUACACCAGAUAUAACAACAACUGAUAGCAUCGCUUCAACAACACCUGAAUCAACGACAACAACUGAAGGCACAACAUCAACAAUACCUGAAUCAACAACCACAACUGAAAGCAUCACUUCAACUACACCAGAAUCAUCGACAACAACUGAAGGAAUCACUUCAACAACACCAGAAUCAACAACCACAACUGAAAGCAUCAUUUCAACAACAUCUGAAACAACGACAAUAGAAGGCAUCACUUCAACCACACCUGAAUCAACGACAACAACUGAAAGCAUCACUUCAACAACAUCUGAAUCAACUACAACAACUGAAGGCACAACAUCAACAACACCUGAAUCAACAACCACAACUGAAAGCAUCACUUCAACUACAACAGAAUCAUCGACAACAACUGAAGGAAUCACUUCAACAACACCAGAAUCAACGACAACAACUGAAAGCAUCACUACAACAACACCUGAAUCAACAACCACAACUGAAGGCAUCACUUCAACUACACCAGAAUCAACAACCACAACUGAAACAAUCACUGCAACAACACCUGAAUCAACGACAACAACUGUAGGCAACACUUUGUUAACAGUGGAGUCAACUUUUAUGACUUUUAUAAAUAAAUAUUAGAAUAAUUAAAUAGAAAAUUUAACUAUUCUAUUAUGUAACUCAGACAGCGAAGAAAAUCUAUGGUAUAUUCUCAUUUGAUUAAAAUUAUUAAAAAAAAUCUGGCAGAUUAACCUUAAUGGGGUGUUUAUGCCUCUCUCAUUGAAUAUAAACAGGAAAGUUGGUUCGGGCGUAAACUAGCAUAACCUAUCCAUAUACAGAAGAUUUUUGCAUUAUUGGUGUAAAUGACGGCUUGAGAUUUCAAACACUCAUCACCCUGUAUUCCAAACGGGAAUAGUUUUGAGUCCAAUUUAAGCGAAUUUUUCCUCUUUUGCAUCGUCCCUUGCAAAAAGUCGGUGCAAGGGAAUCAUAUUUUCUUUAAAUAAAUUGCUCUCACGUGCUCUCGCCGUAAUACACCCAUGUGUGCGCUGACGAGCGAGCACUUCUGUGAUUUUUAUCAAUUUAGAGAGAGUAGAGCUGGUCUAUUUAUUGCAGUAGGAUACACAAAAUUCAGCGAUAAAUUGUAUUUUCGUUAAAUAUUCGAGCCCCUCGUUUCUCUUGAGCGAACCGUACACCAGAGUGCACAUCGGCGUGUUCACUUCGGUAAAAUAUCUGCGUCCACCUCAGAGAAUUUGAGAGCACUUUUCAGGCAUUUUAUUGCGAAGCAAUGAAAAAAUAAAUAAAUAAAAUAGCGCUCCCAUGGAGCGUGCACACUGUAAAAAACAGUGUGCACGCUCCAGUAUGUGUGUAAAAAAGAAGAGCUUUCGUUGAUGUUGUCAGUGCAAGAGGAGAAAUUACACUUGCUUUUCGUCACAGGGGAAGAUGGACAUCUCUGCACACAGGCAUAUAUGGCACUCGACUCGGUCCGUACAAUCUACAAUCUUCCACAUACAACGACAACAAAUUUUUCACAAACAUUACAAAACAUAUACUAUGCCCUCGGCAUCUUAGAGUUAAAGCAGUGUGCCUGUGUGUAUUGUCAAAUUAAUAAAAAAAAACAUUCGAUGCUUUUUAAUUAAUUGAAAUAAAAUCACUUUCACACUUUCUAGAGUAAUCAAAAGAUUGGGCUUUUUUUCUCAAGCCGUAAUGUAUGUAACCCCUCUAACAUUUUUCCAUAAAUUUCUAAGAAGUGGCAAAAUAUUAUUUAGUAAUAACUAAAACUUAAAAAUGAAAUAAAUCUAUAAUAUAUUCUCCACCCCGGAUUUCCUUAAUCAUUAUACUAAUCCGACUCCUUUUUGAUAACCUGCGCUUAUAACCGCUUCGCCGUCUACUGUAUCAAAGUUGGUAGCAUUUCAUUAUCAAGCAUUAGUGCGAAUAGAAGUGGUCUGGGGCUCGAACAAUUAUUACUACAGAUCAUUAAACUUUGCAAUAUAUGAAAUAUUUUUAUAAAGAGAACGAAGAGGUUAAAGCAAAUAACAAGCAACCAAGUAAGCAAGUUUAGUUUCUCUUCUGAAUGUUGUGACAUUAUCACAAACACUUUCCAACCUAUAUUCGAAAUUGGUAAAGUAUAGCACAUUUCACAUUAUAGUAAAUUAGUUUAAAAAUUGUGGGAACUUAGCUAAGUAAUAUGAACGAUUACGGAGACGAAUUACGGAGAUAACAGAAAAUAGUGUGAUAUCAUAAGAUAUUUCUAGCAAAUUUUCAAAUAUUUAUUCCAGUUGCCAAAAUAUUGGGAGGGGCAUGGCCACUCCAAAAAAUCUUUUGGAAGGGCAAAAAAUGCUUUGCCCCCCAUAGUUGCCGCCCCUGUGUAGGUUUAUUAAUUGACAAACGGUUUUCAUAGCGUAGACAAAAGAUUACCGAUCCGUUUUGCAUAAAAAGUACACUGACAAAACUAUUUUGUGAAUCUACAUCAAUUUUCAUGCACAUAUUUGUACCAUGUAAUUGAAUUGAAAGUUACUUUACAGUUCUUCAUUUUUCAAUAUACUUUGAAAGCAAAUCUAAGUGUUUUUUUAAACAUAGUCUUGUUAGUGCAUUUUUCUUUAAUUUUU